UAUAUUAUUGCUUUGGCCAUCCCGGAAAAUGAGAGCUGGUCCACGAGACCGUACACUGAACUCUCUUCUAGACCUGGUAUGGUAUGUGGGAAGAAAAUCAACAGUAACUUUGUGCGAGCCCGAUAGAAAAAAGAUACACGUAUCUCCUAGUCCAGCCAAUCUCUGCCGCGGAAUCAACUAGAAUCCAAAUGGCGGAGUUCGUCGAAUUGGAAGCGCAAGACGGCGUCCGAAUGCCGUGGAACGUGAUCCCGGGCACGAAGCAAGAAGCCAGCAACUGCGUGAUCCCAAUUUCGGCCAUCUUCACUCCGAUCAAGCCCUUCCAAAACAUGCCAGUACUUCCCUAUUCCGCACUACGCUGCCGCACCUGCCGCUCCGUUCUUAACCCCUUCUCCAUCGUCGAUUUCGCCGCCAAGAUCUGGAUCUGCCCCUUGUGCUUUCAGCGCAACCACUUCCCCCCUAACUACUCCUCCAUCUCCGACGACAAUCUCCCUGCCGAGCUCUUUCCCCAAUACACCACCAUCGAGUACGACCAAACUCCCUCCUCGCAUGUGCCUCCUUCCCCGCCUGUGUUCAUGUUCGUAGUCGACACGUGUAUGAUUGAGGAGGAGAUGGCUUUCCUCAAGUCCUCGCUAUCCCAGGCUGUAGAUUUAUUGCCUGAUAAUUCGCUGGUUGGGCUGAUCACGUUUGGUACUUUCGUGCACGUCCACGAGUUAGGAUUCGGGCAGAUCCCCAGGACGUAUGUGUUCAAGGGGUCCAAGGACGUGUCCAAGAACCAGCUUCUUGAUCAAAUGAGCUUUUUUACCAAGAAGCCCAAGCCGGCCACCGGUGUCAUUGCUGGUGCUAGGGAUGGGCUUUCCUCUGAGAGCAUUUCGCGUUUUCUGUUACCUAAGUCUGAGUGCGAGUUCACCCUGAACUCGGUUUUGGAGGAGCUACAGAAGGAUCCUUGGCCUGUGCCGGCGGAUCUUCGGGCUACUAGGUGCACCAGCACGGCAUUGAGUAUUGCGGCGAGUUUGUUGGGAGCCUGUGUUCCUGGUUCUGGGGCUAGAAUUAUGGCGUUUAUUGGCGGGCCUUCAACGGAAGGCCCUGGUUCUAUAGUGUCAAAAAAUUUGUCAGAACCAAUUCGUUCUCAUAAGGACCUGGAUAAAGAUUCUGCUCCACUUUAUCACAAAGCUACGAAGUUUUAUGAGGGACUUUCAAAGCAGCUUGUACAUCAAGGACAUGUGCUUGAUCUUUUUGCAUGUGCACUCGACCAGGUGGGAGUUGCUGAGCUUAAAAUUGCAGUUGAAAGAACUGGAGGACUGGUUGUGCUUGCAGAAAGUUUUGGCCAUUCAGUAUUUAAAGAUUCACUCAAACGUGUUCUCCAGGCGGGUGACUAUGAUCUUGGUUUAUCAUCGAAUGGUAUUUUUGAGAUAAACUGCUCAAAAGAUAUCAAAGUUCAGGGCAUUAUUGGCCCCUGUGCAUCUCUUGAAAAGAAAGGUCCUUUGUGCUCAGAUACUGUCAUCGGCCAAGGGAGUACUACUGCAUGGAAGAUGUGUGGCCUUGACAAAGCUACAUCUUUAUGUCUUAUUUUUGAAAUUGUAAAUAAGGAAAGCCCGGAUGCUACGAUUCAAUCAACAAGCAAUCAGUUUUACUUCCAAUUUUUAACUUACUAUCAGCAUUACAGUGGUCAAAUGAGACUACGUGUUACAACUCUUUCAAGAAGAUGGGUUGCUGGGCCUGGAAGCAUACAGGACUUGACCGCUGGAUUUGACCAAGAAGCAGCUGCAGUAGUCAUGGCACGGCUAGUUUCUUUUAAAAUGGAAACUGAGGCUGAGUUUGACCCUAUAAGAUGGUUGGACAAGUCAUUAAUACAUCUAUGUUCUCGGCUUGGAGAUUACCAGAAGGAUAGUCCAUCCACUUUCAGCUUGUCUCCAAGACUUUCAAUAUUCCCCCAGUUCAUGUUUCAUUUGCGACGUUCUCAGUUUGUUCAGGUUUUUAACAACAGCCCUGAUGAGACAGCGUACUUCAGAAUGAUACUGAACCGAGAGAAUGUUUCCAAUUCAGUUGUGAUGAUUCAGCCUUCAUUGAUUUCUUACUCAUUUCAUUCAGGCCCAGAACCAGCCCUUCUUGAUGUGGCCACCAUUGCAGCUGACAGGAUCCUGCUUUUGGACUCAUAUUUCACUAUCGUCAUUUUUCAUGGUGCAACAAUUGCUCAGUGGCGAAAAGCUGGAUACCAUGAUCAACCUGAACAUCAGGCAUUUGCUCUGUUGCUGCAAGCUCCUCGCAAUGAGGCAGAUGCCAUAUUUAAAGAAAGGUUUCCAGUACCUCGCCUGGUCAUUUGUGAUCAGCAUGGCUCCCAGGCUCGUUUUCUUUUAGCAAAAUUGAACCCUUCAGCUACAUAUAACUCCGAUGCUCCCCUACCGGGAGGGGAUGUUAUAUUCACCGAUGAUGUUAGCUUUGAGGUCUUCUUGGAUCAUCUCCAAAGAUUAGCAGUUCAAUAAUGUAGAAUAGGGCUUUUCUGCAAUUUUUUUUUUUUUUAAUUUUUCUAUUUUUGGCCCCUUCUCUGAUCUCAUGUAUAGUAGAUGCUAUGACUUUAGUAUUAAGUUUUGUUGUUGGUUGGGAUUCAUAAUCGCAAA